UUCAACUGAAAGUAACAAGGAAGACAAUGAGGAGACGAUUUUAACUAAGUUUUAUGAUCAUAUUAUGGACAUUGCCACCGAUGCUACUGAGAAUGUUGAUGAAUAUUUAGAUGGAACUAAAUCAGAAUUGAACCAUAAGUCACAAAAACGAAAGAGUAGAAGAAAAAGAAUCUCUACUAAAAAAACUAAAAUAAACUAUGAUGUUUUUAAAAACUGGGAUGAUGAUGAAGAUCAAAGUACUGAUAAUUCACUAAACCAUAAUCCUGAACCAGGAUGUUCAACUGAAAGUAAUAAGGAAGACAAUGAGGAGACGAUUUUAACUAAGUUUAAUGAUAAUAUUAUGGACAUUGCCACCGAUGCUACUGAGAAUGUUGAUGAACAUUUAGAAGAUUUUGAAAUUAUUGAAAAAGGGCUUGAUAACAUUUGUAUUGAUUCAAAUAAAAUUAUAGAACCAAUACCAAGUUGCAGUGGUACAAAUAUGCAAAGAAAAUAUUCCUAUCGGGAGAGAAGUGAUUCUGAAACUAAUGACAUUCGUAAUGUAAAUAUGACUAAUAACACUGAGGAAAACAUUUUUGAUGAUUCAAGUGAUGAGAACCUGAAAAGUUUACCAUCUAUAACUUUAAAUCAAUGUUUUCAUCCUUUUAAUGAGGAAUGUAUUCAAGACGAUGAAAAUCGUGAACCUUCUCCUUCUACUAAAACUAUAUAUUCAGAGAUAGAACAAUUACAUAAUGCUUGUCAUGAAUCAGAACUGAUUUUAAAUAAUAACAAUUGUCGAUUUAGAAGACCUAAUGAUGAAGAAGAAUCUAGAGAGGCAUUUUUAUAUAAACUCAUGAAUGAUAGUAAACCAGUGGAACAUUUUUAUCUAGAUGAUAACAUUUACCCAACAGAAAAGGAGAUUUGUGACAAUGAAAAACGCUUGAACCAAUUAUUAACUAGCAAUUUACUUCCUGAGAAUAAAUCUGAAAUAGUUUUUGGAGAAAAUUUGAAUGAAGGUAAAAAAACUUUAUAACAAUCCUAUAUAAUAUAUAUUCAUAUAUAUAUAUAUAUAUAAUAUGUAAACAGGUAUAUAAUUAAUAUUAUUAAAAUAUUUACUCUCAUUCCCUUGCAUUUUGUUUCAUAUUAGGAUACAAAUAAAACAAAUAUUUUGGUUUUAGACUAAAUGGAAAAACAUUUACAUAUUUCCUUAUUUUCUCAUUUCAUGAUCAUGGUAUCAUCAAAUAGAUAUUUUCUUAGAUGUACAAUGUUGAAUAUUAUUUUUAUUUUAUUUAAUAUUACCCAGUAUAAUAUUUGUAGUAUACACACCACUAUAGUAUAAUGAGAAAGUAGAGUAGCAAAUACACUGAAAUAUGUAUAAACGCACAUAUAAAUACUUUAUUAGUAUAGUUUUUUCACUGCUAGUGGUGGGCUAUAAAAACUUCACCGCCACAUGAUUAGGUUCUGAGCAGAACUAGAAAUGUAUUGGUUUUACAAUGAUGUUUUUUCUUCUAUCAGAAAUUUUGGUCCGAUUUACAAUGAUAGCACUUUUUCUGAAAGAAAAUCUGACUGAGUAGAUACUUGGGAGGCCAUUUUUGAUUUUCUCUGGAGUUUGUUUCUAAUAAAUGGAAAAAUUUACGAAAUUUGGAUGUUAUGAAAAUAUUAUGGCCUAUUUUUUUCUGUGAAUUACCUUACUACUAUCAAAUUUUUUCCAAUUUACAAUGUUAACACUUACUCCAAAAUAAAAUCUGUCUAGCUUAGAACAUCAGGGGGUCAUUUUUUUAAAUUUAUUUCCAGCUAUUUGCAUAAUGAAUGGGAAAUACAAAACAAUAAGUACAAAAUUAGACAAAUAAAAUAAAAUAUAUAAUGCAUGUGUAUUAAUUUUAUUGUAUUAUGAUAUUCCAAUACCGCAGUAAAAAGCUAAGUAAAAGAUAAAGAGCUCGUGUGUUGACUGCAUUAUUAUUAUAUGAUGAGAUGGGUAAUUCUUAUUUAACCUGUGUAAUUUUACGGAAAUUUGUUUUGUAAUAUACACGGGUUGAUGAUUAUUAUGAUGAUACUUCUGUAAAUUUCUUUUUGUAUUUUUUAUUUUUUUCCUCAUUUUUAAGAAUUGUAACUAUUGUAUUUCUAAAUAUGCAUAUUUUAUAACUUACUAAUAGCUUUGGAUUGUUUUAAAAUAUUGAAUACUGUAUAAUUGACUAACUUGUUCUGGUUUCACAAACUAAUUACAAAUCAAUUGAUAACAAUGUAUUUAGCCCCUCUCCUACAAAACAAUAUGUAAUGUGAACUAGUAAAAAAGGAAUUAAAAUAACAAUUUUUUUAAAAAACAUACAUUCAAUUAACAAUAAUGAAUAGAACAAAGAAUGUUUUAUAUAAAUUUGUUAAUGAUUUUUUUUUUUAACAUUUUUUUCAGAAAUAAAAGAAAUUAUGAAGUCAAAAAAAUUAUCUGAUAUUCGUUUGACUCUCCGUGGUUAUAAAUUUGAUCAUGGCUUGCCCAUGUAUGUUUACUCUGAAUUCAAAAGUGAUGACCUGCCUUCUGAUAUUGAACAGGAAUGUGAACAAAUUCCUAAAGACCCACAAGUGUUUUCAGAAGAACAAAUGCCUGAAUUAAAUAAUGUAAAUGUGCCAGCUGCUGGGGUAUUGCAGCCAAUUGAAUGUGCCAAUGUUCCCAAUGAGACUAAUACUGAACCUAUGAAUGAUGAUAAAGAAGAUGAAGGUACUGAUUAAAUAUUAAAAAUCCAUAUAUUACAAUAUUUAUUUACCUAAAUUAAAAUUUCAUAUAUUUAAGUAUACCUGUUUUUAAAUUAUUUUAGAUUAUCUUUAUAAUAAGGACCUAAACUAUUCAAUUUUAAAAUUUAAUUUAUUAUAAUUUUUGUCAAUUUAGUAGAUUAAUAAAAACCAUUUUAUUUAUUUGAACUGUUUUGUUGUUGUAUGCC